AUGACGCAUCCUAGAGAUUCAGAAGCUUGGAAGAUGUUUGAUUUAAAAAACACUUCAUUCGUAGAGGAUCCACGAAAUAUACGUUUGGCAUUAGCUACUGAUGGUAUUAAUCCCUAUCGUAGUAUGAAUGCAAAUUCUAGUAACUGGCCAGUUAUUCUCAUUCCUUACAACACUCCUCCUUGGAUUUGUAUGAAGUGGACGUCUUUUAUUCUUUUAAUGAUAAUUCCUGGAAAAAAGAUGCCAGGAAAUAAUAUAGAUGUCUACUUACAACCGUUGAUCAAAGAGCUAAAAGAGUUAUGGAAUGAGGGCGUGGAUGCGUAUGAUUCUUUUGAGAAAAAGGCGUUCAAAUUGCAUGCGGCGUUAAUGUGGACUAUAAGUGACUUUCCUGGCUUAGGAAUUCUCUCCAGGCAUCAGUUUAGAUUGAAUAGUGUUCGAUUUAAUGGAGAGCAAGAAUUCCGCAAUCCACCGAAGAGGUUAUCUGGUCUUGAUAUACUUGAGCAAGUCAAGGACAUCAAUGUCACAUUGGUAGAAAAGAAGAGGCAAAACACCAAGUCAAAAGACCACCUCAAUGCUCGAAAAGAUCUUAAAGCUUUAGGCUGUAAACAAGAUAUUUGGCCAGAUGAGAAUGGAAAGUACGCUUCAGCUAUCUUUACACUGACUAAUAAAGGCAAGAAGGCUUUUCUGUCAACUUUAAAAAAUAUUAGUGUGCUAGACGGGUAUUCAAGUAACAUAUCUAGGUGCAUUGAUGUUGACAACCUUAAGAUCAAUGGGAUGCUAAAAAGCCAUGAUAAUCACAUAUUAAUACAACAAUUGCUACCAUUAGCCAUGCGAACGAGUUUGCCUAGUGAAGUUUCAGCAAUCUUGAUUGAAUUGUGCUCGUUCUUUAGGAAGUUAUUUAUGAUUCAUUUGGUGGUUUACCUUGUUGAAGAAGUUAAGCUUGGAGGUCCUGUACACUACCGGUGGAUGUAUCCGAUAGAAAGGUACUUGGGACAACUAAAAUCUUAUGUGCGUAAUAAAGCACAACCAGAGGGCUCUAUUGCUGAAGUUGAUAACUAUCUUAGGGAUUAUAGAGAUAUUGUGAAGAAAAGAUUAAGAAGCCGAACAAGGGAUACUACUGAGAUAGACAAAAAGAUUUGUACUAAUCUCAACAAACUUCCUGAUGUGGAUAAAAACAUUCUUAUUAGUCUUUCUCAAGGACCAUAUGACCAAGCAAGAAAGUUCUCUUCAUCUGAUGUUAACGGAUAUAGAUUUCGAACUUUGGCAAAGGAUAAUGGAUUAAAAACUCAGAAUAGCGGAGUCUUUGGUACAUUUGGAACAAGAAGUUACUCAAGUAGUAAAGAUACCCGAAUGAACUUUGGUGUGGUACCUUAUUAUGGAAAGUUGGUAGACAUCAUUGAGCUUUUCUACAAUGGCUUUAUAGUUCUCUUGUUUAAAUGUCAAUGGGCAAACACAACUAAUCCUAGAGGAAUCAAAAAGGACAAUUUGGGUUUUUUAUCUGUGAACUUUACAAGGCUCAUACAUACUGGUGAACAUGAAGAUGACGAGCCAUAUAUUAAAGCUUCUGAAGCCUAG